AUGGCUGCCCCGCGACGGGCCGUCACUCAAGGGCGCGGCGGCGCGUUCUCCACGGCGGCGGGGCUUCUCCCCGUGCUCGUCCUCGCAUUGCUGCUCCAGGCGCCCUCCGCGUCCGCCCGCCACUGGUUCUGGAACGACGGCCUCUUCCCCGUCGCCGCGAAGCCCGCCACUCUCACUGCCGCGGAGUCCGACGGACCGGCAGAGGUGGCUGCUGGGCAGCCAGUUUCAGCAGUCCCGGCGCCAGCUCCGGCGGCGCCGGCGCCGGCGCCGGCUCCUGCGGUAUCGUGCCACGACGCCCCUCUGAACGGAUUCAUCGCAGCCGGAGCCGCGCCCGACCCGUGUGCUGCGCUGGCAGCGGAGCUGAAUCGCACUGCGGGGAAACUUGGGGACAAGACUGGAGGGCAAGGAUUCGCUGCUCCUUCUCUCUUCCGCGCGUGCCACUCCACGUUCCUGUUCAGGAAGGACUGCGACGUGGAGGACCUGCUGUCGAUCGCGAACGCGUUCGACAAUCACUACGUGUACAAGCACAUCGCCGUUGACUCGCCGGACCAGACCAACCUGCCGAGCAGCAUCGAUAUUGUCGCGGACCUGCGGAAAAUCGUCGCGAACGCCAAAGCGGGAAAGUACCCUCGGCUGGUUGACGCGCACAUGGCGGCGUUCCGCGCGACCAACGCGCUCAACGACGGGCACAGCGCGUUCCAUCCGACUUGCUUCGGAGGGAGCAGUUACGACUUGCCGUUGCCGCUCAUGGCUGUUGUUGAAAACGGGCAGCAGAUCAUUCGCGUUGCGCCACGCCGAUAUGUCACUCCCAACGGGUUGGACCAUGUUGCAAAGGUUCUGCACAAUUUUGACUUCAGUCUUUACGAGGGCCGACAGGUGGUGGCUAUUAACGGGGAUAAGGCGGAAGAUUUCAUCCUGAACUGGGCGGACAAGGAAGGGGGCAUGUUUCGCAAUCGGGCUGCGCAAUUCACGAAAUCUUUCGCGGCGAAUAUAGUGGAUGGGUCGUCGGGGGAGACAGGCAUCGUCCAGGUGUACCUGAUGGACAACAGCACGGCCGUGAUCUGGCUGCACACGUUCAGUGACGGCAUCAAGGAUGACGUCAUGGACCAGGAGGUCACCAAGGCUCUUCAAACCGCAGCAGCGUCAGUACCUCCCUCCUUACACCCCUUACCUGCAGCCACCCUUAUGUGCAUUCCCCAUGUGCUCCCCAUGUGCUCCCCAUGUGCUCCCCAUGUGCUCCCCAUGUGCUCCCCAUGUGCUCCCCAUGUGCUCCCCAUGUGCUCCCCAUGCGUCCCCUCAUGUGUUCCCGCGUGCGUCCUCCCAUGCCUCCCCGCACACUCCCCCUCAUGCCUCCCCGCACACUCCCCCCCAUGCCUCCCCGCACACUCCCCCCCAUGCCUCCCCCCACACUCCCCUCAUGCUAGCGCCCUGACCUCAUGCCUCCCCCCAUGCGUUCCCCCAUGUCUCUCCCCAUAUGUCCCCCCAUGCGUCCCCCCACACUCCCCCCAUGCCCCUCCCUUCUUCAGGUCCAACGCCUCUCAGGUCAUCAUAGACGUGCGGGGCAACGGUGGCGGAUCCACAGUGGCAUCAUACACAGCCAUCCGCCUGCUCAUGGGGGCAGCCAAGGUCCCCGACGCAAACUUCACCAUGCCCAUGGAUUUCAUCAUCGGCUCGCAGUACACCGAGAACGCCAUCGGCCUGCUCGCUGUCAACGCGGCCUCUCUCUACUUCAUCGACGCAUACUCCGACCUCAACGGAACGAAUCUCACAAGCGUGUUCGGCUACGCUCCUUUCCGCGAGCUCCGCUUCACAGCGGCCGGCCCGGCUGGAAACUACUCGGCGCCGUUCAAGAUGACCGACAGAUUCACCGGGAAGGAGCGGCAGCCGGUGUUUGGCGGCCGGCCCUUCCUGGUCCUGUCGGACGGAAACUGCUUCUCUGCCUGCGCCAUCCUCACGCACGUCCUGGGGAAACGCCACAAAGUGCCCAUGGUAACCGUGGGUGGUUUGCCCAACCAGGCCCCUGAUGUGGGCUCCUCGUGCCUCGGGUUCACCCUGAUGAACUUCGCUGACACGGCCGCGAGUCUCCGCCAGCUUUCUGCCAUGGCGCCAGACAGCGCGUCGCUGCCUCUCAACGUGAAAGGGACGAUUGCCAUGGCGCUUACUAACGGGUAUGUGGAUUCGGAGAUUCCGUGCGAGUUUGAGUUUCUGCCCAGCCAGCAUCACAUCAACUACACCGUUGAUCUCAUUGACAAGCCCUGGGCCAUGUGGAAUGAGGUGGCCAAGCUCUUUGCCUCCGCUGCUGCCUAG